AGCCUUCUGGCUCAACUCCGGCUUGGACGUCUGGCGACUAGCGUCAAGCCGCAGCGGCCAAUAAACUCGACUCGAAUCUGUUGGUGCAUGCCUCAUUGCUUUCCCCGCUAGCAAAUGACGACAGUAUCCGAGCAGCCCGAUGAGCACAUUCUGGAACUCCCUCGAUUGGAUCUUGCCUUCAUUACGAGUAAUAGAUGAUCUGGACGACCGCUUGUCUGACGAUGGUGGCUCUGUGGUUUCUACGCAUCCCAGGAGCCAUUACGGUGGACAGCAUCCUCACGACCUUCGGCGCGAAGGGACGAGGCAAAGAGAUCGUAAGCGUGAGCAGAAACGUGAACGCGUUAGCGAGACGGAACAUCAUCACGAAAGAGAUCGUCGACGCAUUCAAGGGUUGGAACGCGAAAAUGCGACUCUCCAACAGAGAGUGACAUCUCUCGAAACCGAUUUGCGGUCAGCGCGACAAACCAUUGCGACGUACACCCUUCUAUCCUCUGCCAAUCUUCCCUCGAGCUCCGAAGAACCUGUGAACCGCAACGACUGCGCCCCAGACCCUGCUAAUUUGCGCACAGCGUAUGAUUCAUUAUUGUCGUCUUACUCGCUUACACGUCGCGCCUUGCAAGAGCGUACAGAAGAGGUGGCCAGCCUGAAGUCUUUCCUGAGCAAAACGGAUGAGUGGUCUGGUGCCCAACUCAUCCAGGCUCUUCAUGACCUGAAUUUCGAGAUUGUCCAGCUGGCGGCCUCCGUUGCGGAGGAGUUUGCGUCAUCAUUUGAUCGCCGUCAUGACUUUAUUCGUCAAUCUGACCGCGACCUCAUUAACACCGCACUCGGACCGGCCAUGACGGACCUGCUUGCGACGCGCAACCAUGCAUCAGACCCGACGCUGGUUCAAUUCGCUAUACAAGGCUGGGAGAUCUUCUGUAUGGGGCGUGUGCUCAAUGCAUUCUGUUUCGGACUGCCUGCGGAAAUCGAUCAUUUUCUAAACAAUGUCUUCGAUCAAAUGCACCGAGCAGGUCCGCAGCCGACUGCCUCGCGUUGGCGCGCGCUUGCGUAUCAGCACGCGCGAGUGCUCUUGGCACCAUGGCCGACCGAUUCAGGUUCAAUGUCUCCUGCGCUGCGCACACUAAAGGAAACCAACUUGCGUGGGAUACUCGCUAUUCUCGCACUAUCCGGCUGCACAGACUCUCGAGGAGUCCGUCGCGACCCAUUACGCUCACGUUUCGGUGAUUUGCUUGCACGAAUAAGCGAGCACGCAGAACACAUUGCGAGCGUGGUCAAACAAAGAAUGAUGAGUAGCGUGUUCGAGACUACUUGGGUGAACGCUAAGGGCGCCCGUCCGCCGACGGGCGCGAGCAAAGAUUCAGAGACCAAUUGCGAGAUGUGGUUCGACUGGCAGACGAUGGACAACGUCUAUGCAGGCUACGGUUCUGAACACAGCAAGGUGCUCUGUACGGUGGAGUUUGGUCUGAUACGUGUGACACGCGUUGACCCCGCAGACAGUGAAGACGCGCAAGCACAUAUGCAGGAGAGCACGGAGGUGAACGAACAUACGGAUCUUAUUCCAAAUGGCAAGGGUGCAGUCAUUAAUGGCCAAAGCAUACAUUCGGAUGAUAAACUGGUACGGAGCAUCCUUCUGAAGCCAAGAGUCGUGUUGGAAUCCGUUGGAGGGAUUCUAUGGCAUGAGGCGCGAUGAAUCAGGAACGGCUGCCCAGCGCGAUGUUACACUGUGGCUGCAUUUAUUGGGAUCCAACCCAUCUGUUCGUGUCAUGAAAGCGUGAAACGGAAGAGUCUCAUGCCGAUUCCAUGGCUCCUUUGUUGGCCUAGUUGCUCAAACUCACCAUGUGACUCCAGAUGCGCUGGCGGACUGGGUAUUUCCUUGACAAACCAAUACGUAUCAUUGUUUUGACGUGACAUCAUUGUCCUCCCGCGUAAUGUCCUUGGUCGGCUGUUGUACUACUGCUACCGUAAGCCUUGUUAUUUACCC